AUGUUUGAAAAGAUUUUAGAGAAGGUUAUUGAUUCUUAUUUUGGACAGUAUAUUAGCGGCUUGGACAAAAAUAUUCAUUUGAGUGUGUUUAAAGGAAGUGUCAAAAUAGAGAAUGUCAGCUUUAAGCCAGAAAUUAUGGAUUUGUUAGAACUACCAAUAGAUAUUUUAUAUAGCAAUAUAGGUGUUAUGACAAUGAAUAUUCCAUGGAGUAAAUUGAGUAGCAGUCCAGUACCGAUUAGCAUGGAAAACAUUUAUUUAAUCAUUGGGCCAAAAAAGCAAUCUGAUUGGAAUUUUUAAGACAAGGCCUCGAUUGAAAAAAAGUUAGAAAAUAUUAAUUUGUAUGCAAAACAAUGUUUAGACAAGUUAAUUUAAAAGAGUCAAAAAGAGGAGAAAAGUAUGCUCGAAAAAAUGACAGUUAAAAUUAUCGAUAACAUUUAGUUGUCCUUUAAAAAUAUUCAUAUUCGUUGGGAAGAUAGCUUAAAAGGAUAUUCGUUUGGUCUAACAUUAUAGGAAUUGUAGGCCAAUACAACUGAUGAAAACUGGGUACCUACUUUUAUAGAUAGAACAAAAUCGGAAGAAAUAAACAAACCCAUAAACAAAUUGUUGAAUUUAACGAAUUUGAGACUUUAUUGGAAUUAGAACGAAAGCAGUUUCUUAUAGAAUUAGCAAAAAUACAAGAUAUUUUCCAUGAUGCAAGGUUUGAUAGAAUAGCCUAAGCAGUACAAAAAUGUUGAAGUUGUAAUAGAAAUCAAUGCAGAUUUUAAAUUGGUUAACAAUUAGCCUUAAAACUUUGAUAAUCCUUUGUACGAACUAACAAUAGGUCUUGACUGGAUUGACUUAUAGCUCAAGCAUUAGCAAUUACAACAAAUUUCAGAUUUGAUUAACAUCUCUAUUUAAUACAGAGACUCGCUUUGGGCAGAAAGGAAAAAAGUAGUUGAGAUAUCAGAGGAGAUGAAGGAAUUUUACAAGAAGCACUUUUUGAAGAUUUAUUAUAUGAAGCUAAAGGCUAAAUAAAUGAAUGAGAAGGAAUAACUUGAUCAAUCUUAGAUACAGAUUUUUGAGAGUAUCUUAAAAAGCAUUGAAUAUCAGACUUUGAAUAACUGGGUUAGAAGUGUUGUCAAGCUAUUGGCAAGAGAAAAUAAAAUGAAUGAGAUAAUGAAUAACAAAAAGAGUAUUUUUAGUUCAAAUACAUAGACUCAAAUUCCAGUUGAUUAAAUUAAGGAAAUAGAUCUCGCUAUUGAAAAAUAAUUAGAACAAACUAAGAAAAAUACUGUGCAAAGACCUGAUGAGGCUAUAAAUUUUUCUACCAGCAUUAUUCUAAAAGGUGGAAGUAUUCUAUUAACAAAAGAUAAUCACUAAAAGAAAAUAAUUGAAGGAAUUAAAUUUACUUACACUGAUCUUAUUAUUUAUAUGAACACCACUGAAGAUAAAGGUUAAGAAAUCUUUUUAAAGUUGCAGGAAAUUUCAAUUAAUCUUUAAAAUCAAGAAUUUGAUUCAAAGAUUCCAGAAUCCAUCAACUUUUUAUACAAAUCAAUUAAUAAUAAUGAAAGUAAAUCAAGGAGUUCGAAUUUCAUACAAUUUAUUUAUAAGAGGCAUUCGAUCAGACAGAAAAAGGAUUGCAAAUUUAAUUUAGAUGGCAGUAUAACUUGCUUUGUUGAGCCGAUAGAAUGUGUUUACAAUCAUAAGUUCAUUGAAAGAUUUAGGGAUUUCUUUGAUAUUAAAACUCAGCAUGAAUAUUUUUCUGAAAAAAAAUAAAAAUUAGAGCAACUUUCUUCUUUACAAAAAUAGAGCUAAACAUUGAUCGUUAACUCUUAAAAUAACAUUCAAUCUGCUUAAUCUUCUAAAGAUAAAAUUGUCACUCCAAAGGAUAAAUAAGAUGAAUAAUCAUCUGAUAAGAAGAAGAAAAAUGAAGUCGAUACAAACCAAAUUUUCAGAAUUGGUAUUGAUAUCAGAAUUGAAAAGCAGACAAUUAUCAUUCCUCUUGAUGAUGUUAACACAGAUUUACCUUGCUGGAUAUUUAGUUUAUCUCGUUUAAACUUUAAGUCAAGUGAUGUCCAAAGAGACAUAUACGAGUUGUUUAACUUAGAAAUGAAAAAUUUAAGUGUUUUCUAUUUAUAGAAGCGUUCUUUGCUUCACAAGUUAUCUUGUUUAACUGAUGAUAAAUAAAAUCUUCAUAAAAUAGUUGAAAAUUAUAAUUUUCAUAUGAUUAUUUUACAUCAAUAAUAGAAUUAAUUUGAUGUUGAUAAACCGCUUCUAUAAUUUGAAGGUGUGCUCGAACCACUCUGUCUUAAUUUUAAUGAAGAAAUUCUCUCUGAAGCAACAAAAAUAAAAUAUUUAAUUUCGCCUUCUUAUCAAAAUGAGUAAGAAAAAUUAAAAUCAAAAAAAGAAGAUUUGGAAAAAAAUGCAAAACUGAACUGUCAAGUUUUUUAUAGAGAAAAGAGAUAUUAAAAUUAAAUGCCCACUUAAUUUAUCAUAGACUCAACAGACAGAGUUCAUCUAUUUCACCAAGAAGAAAACUCCAAAACGCUUCACUUGAGCUCAUUUUAAAAUUUUCAUUUGAUGCAUUUGAUAGAGCAUAAUCCAGUUGAAUAGAGAAACAGAGCUAAUUCUGAAAUCCCAAACAUUCAAAUAAUUUAAAAAAAUUUAUCUUAGAAAAUCUAAAAAGAGGAGAUUGAAUUGAGCUUAGAUAAAGACUAAGAGAUUAAAUAACAAGCUGAUUAAAAGAAAGAAUCAGAACUUGAUUAAAAUGAAUAAAUUGAAUCUGUUAAAACGAUUGAACAAGAUUAAGAAAAUAAAGAAGUUGAAUCAGAAAAUUAAAGCAAUCAAAUGAAGGAGGAGUAAGAAAUAAAUUAAGAAGAAGAAGAAGAAAAAAUUGAAUAAAAUGAGCAAUUUUCAAAUUAAAAAAAAGAAGAUUUGCCAAUUGAAGUUUAUUUCGUUAAUAAAUAGUUCUAUUUGAGUUUCAAAUGUGAGAAAGAAUAUUUAUCUUUUAAGUAGGAAGUAGAAAGAGUGAGUGAACACGAAAAGUAAAAGUAGGAAAUGAUAAAAGAAAAAUUGCAAUAAAAAUAGCAAGAAAAUGAAAAUUUAGACACUGAAGAAGACAUCUUAUCAAACGAAUCAGGCGAUGAAAGUGCUAUUGUAAUCGAGCAAUCAAUUCCAAAAAUACAAAUUAGAAACGCCUCCGAUUCAAUUUAAUUACCUGAACCAUAACAAAAGCAGCAAUAAGAAAUGAUAGAAAACAUUUCUAAUGUGAUAAAUCUUUAGUUCAAAAAUCUUACCAUUAAAAUUACAAAAAAAGAUGAACCCUACAUUGAUUUCUAGCUAGAAAGUCUCUCUUUCUACAAACUCAUGUCAUCUCUUAACCAAACUACCAACCUACAAUUUAAAAACUUCCUCAUACAAGACUACAUCCAUAAGUAUAAUCACUCUAUUUUCUAGCCAAUAUUCUCAACCUAUCAAACACAAGAAAAUGAGCAAUUUUUUAAGGUGAUAAUCAAUGAAGAUCUUAAAAAUGAUGAAAUAGACGUUUAAUUGGAAAUGAUGAAAUGCGUUUUUAAUUGGAAACCUGACAGUUUGCUGAUAUUGAGGCGUUUAUAUGUUUUGAUUUUUAUGAGUGAAUAAUCACUUCGAAUGAAAAAAUAACAGGAGUUGGAAUCUAAAGAUAUUGACAGUUUAAUCAAUGAGAUAUUAAACGAUAACUAGUAUAAAUCAUUCAUUGAAAAAUUCACUUCAGACAAUUUAAUAUCAGUAAAUGAUUAGGAUAAACUAAAAUCUAUUUUAGUUGAUUAUGAAAAGAGUUUAUAAAAUAACUUUUGCUCUCAAAGCAUGAUUAAUAUUUAAAUCAAUAUAAAGGAAGUAUAACUUUAUUUGAUUUAGCAUCAAACUCAUGCGCCACUUCUUAAGCUUAAGAUAGAAAACACUAAUGUAAACUAAAAGUUAUGCAGAGAAGGUAAUUUUGUUUCUGGUUCUUUGGGCGAAUUAUUGGUUUAUGACUUAACAAAUUACCCUAACACAGUAAAUGCUGAUAACUAAGAAUAGAUAAAUGAGUAUGUCAUUAUAUAAAGAAAAGAGUUCAACAAGAGCAAGAGCACUCUUGAGUUUUCUUGGGCAGCCUAUAAUUAACUUGUCACCAAGGAACACUUUGACUCAUUUUUAGACAUUAAACUUACUCCUAUUUCUAUAGUUUACUUUUAAUAGCCUACAAUGAGACUCAUUGAUUAUAUUAAUAACUAAAUACUUGCUCUUAUUUCCUAUCCAGAUUAGAUACUUUAAGAACCAGGCUAAAACCCUUCAAAAGAGCAACCUAAAAAUGUAUUUGGUCAAAUAGAUAACAUAAUUAAAUACACUCUUUGUCCUAAAUUUAUGUAACUUAGAGCAUAGCUUUAACAACCUGAUAUACUGUUAAGAGCUCUACCAGAAGAAGAAGGUUUUUUGUUCACUUUCGAGUCUAUUUCUAUCGAAAACAAUCCAACAAAGUCACAUGAAAGGUUCAAUGAUAAAGAAAUACCUCCAACUCAGCUAUAGCAAAUCUGGGUUCAAAAAUACAACAUUUAGGCUGAGGACUGCCAACUUAAAAUAGAAAAUGGCGAACUAACAAGAGAGCUGAGUUUACCAUCAAGGAUGGUUCUCUCCUGGGAAUAGCUUCUAUUUUUCCAUGAAAUCACUUACAUCUGGCCAUAACUAAAAAAAUUCAUCAUCAGAGGAAACAAAUUAAGAGGCAAUGUGAGUUCAUUUUUCAUGAGAUUGAAUUAAAUUGAAUACACUAAAUUCUUAAGAAUGCUUUUACACAACUUCACUUAUGAUGAUGGAAGAGACUUUGAUUUCAUUUAUAAUUAUGAGCACGUAUCUGCUUUAGAACCAAAUCCAAUAGAUGUUAUUAUGGACUUUUAAGGACUGAGUUUGGUCAAAACUGAUGAGAAAUUCUUAGAUCCGUAAUUAAUUUUCUAAAUUCAGUAAUGUAGACUAAAAUGGUUCAAAGAUAGUUUGUAGAAUAUUAAAUUAAACAUAUUGGCCCAAGAAAUGAUUAUGUCAGUCUUCUAAAAAAUCGAAGAUGGCUAUAUCAGAAAAGACAUAAUAGGAAACUUAAUUGGAUGCACUAAAAAAUACGUUUUUGUGGAAGACGUACAUAAAAUGGUAGGUGUUGGCUAAAAUAUCAUUGAUGAUUACAAUGCAGAGAGUGAAAAUUUUAUAGACUCAGAAAAAUACAACGAAAAAACGAUUAAAUUCAACUUUAGGCAAUCCAUUCUCAAAAACAGUGGAGAUAAAGACAUUAACUUCACCAUUUAAAAUAUUAAAAUCCUCUUGCAGACAGAUUAAUUCAUGCAGCUAAUGCAUUGGGCAUAGCCACAACCAUCAUGUUAUCCAAAUUACAGAUAAAAAGAUGAAGAAAAUAGACUUGUUUUUAUUUUCAAUGCUAAUAAUGUAAUUUUUGCUUCACCACUUCAUAUAAAGUAACAAGUGAUAGCUUCAAAGGGAUAUUUUUCUCUUAUUUUUGUUAGAUAGAGAAUGUAAAAGCAUGAAAUUCUUAGAGAAAAAUUAAUAAACCAAAACAUGCAUCAAAAUGACUAUGGCGACUUAUACACAUAUAAUGUUGCUUUUAAUGAUUUUGAAAUAUUUUCAUGCAACUUUUAAUAGUUGAUUUAACUAGAAUUCUCUCAGGUAUACAAAAGAAAUCUUCUUCACCCUACUACGGCUACACUUAAGAGUAAAUAUGAGCUCUGCAUUGGACCUAAACCCUAAUAAUCGCUUUACUUUUUAGCAAGAAACGAAGGACACAUCUCAAAAACAAAAAUAAAAUGCAGCUUCAAAAAUUUAAAUUUACUUUACAACACAAUCAAGCAGUAAGAAAUGUUUAUGAACGAACAUUAAAAAUAUGUUUAACAGCAAGAAAAGAAAAUAAAUGAAAAUAAAUUUGGUAGCUAAAUUGAAGACUAAGAAGAAAGUAAGCAAAAUCAGAUAUAAAUGAAUCAAUAAAAUUAAAAUUUAGAUGAAAGCAAGCAGAAAAUGCAAGAUUAAAUUUAGUCAAUUCCAACAAAUAGCACUUUUGAUAUUGAAGUUGAGGAACUCCAAUUACAUUUAAUUAAUGAUGCUGAGUAAAGCAGCUUGCCAGUUAUUCAGUUAAAGUUAUUUGAAAAUAAAUUCCUUUACAAUUUCUCUACUAACAAUAAAAAAAAUCUUUCUGUUUCUUUGUGUUUAUAACUUUGCUAUUACAACUCUCAAAGCAGUUUCUGGGAACCAAUUUUAGAAAGAAAUUAAUUCAUGCUCGAUUAUGUCUACAGUCCAUCUUCCAAUCCAAAAAGAUAUCUCACCAUUGAGCAGUAGGGAAGCGAUAACUCUUUUAACAUUAACAUCUCCUAAAAAAUGCUUAAAAUCAUAGGCGAGUCCUUGGAAUCAUGGAAGAAACAGUUCAAUUUAUUCUUAGAGCAUGCAAAUAAUAAAAAUGAAACAUUCCAAGAAGAAGAUGAAGACGAUUCACAACAAUAAGCAAAUUAAAAUGAAAGAGCUUCAUAUACUUUCACUAAUACUCCAGAUCCUUCAAAUACAAACAGUGGUAAACCUCAGAAAAAGAAACAUGGUAAAAAUGCAAUUGAAAAUAUAGAGUAUAUUUCGCCUUUUAGCAUAUAAAAUAACAUUGGGUACCCAAUUUAUAUUGAAAAUGAAAACUCCCAAUAGUUUAUUGUGAACAAUAAUGAUACAAUAAACUACCUUAUGGAUGAAGAAUAAUCGCACGAUUACAAUCGCAUAAAUUCUAAGAAAGUGAGCAUUUAGGUGCUUAAUGACUAACAUGCUUUCUAGCCUCUAAACAAAGUUAAUUUGGGAUACCUUAAAACUAAAAAAGUUUCUAUUUCAAGUAUGGAUUAGAAAAUAAGAGAUGCUGUCAUAGUUCUAGAAAACUCGACUUAGACUAAUAGAAAAUUGCUUUAAAUUCACUCAAUUCUUAGUUUCUAAAAUAUGACUAACAUGAAUAUUGAUUUAAAUUUUGGUUCUGACCACGACAUGAAAAAUAAUGUGUUCAAAAUGCAAUUAGCUAGCAACUAAAUCAGAUAUGUUCCUUUCGAUAGAUUAGACAACAUUUUUGAGUUUAAAUUCUAAACUUCUUAAUACUUUUCAGAUUUGAUCAGUCUCUAAAAACUUAUGAAAGUUUAACAUGAAACUUCUUACGAGUUAAUGCAUAAUCAAAAAAGAAUAACAACUUAUCUGAGAAUAGUUAAAAUGGAAAACGAAACAAGACUUGUUUUUGAGCCAUUUGUUAGAAUAAAAAAUUGUUUACCGAUGAAAAUAGAAGUUGGUUUACUUAUACAAAAUGAGAAAAAUGAUGCAGAUGAAGCAGAACUUAAUUUCUAAUAAGAAAUGUAAAAUCACUCAGCUAAUCUACAAUCUUAAGUUAAAUUGCAAUUGAAAGUACCUGGAUUUUAAGGCUCUGAUUAUUUCUUACUCUCAAGUCCUCUAAAAAAUAACCAGCAAAACGUAUAGCCAACCGUUUUACCAGUCAUAGAUUUUAGAGGAUGUAUCUUCCCUCUUAGCCUUAAAACAGAAAUCAAGCCAUUUGGAAGCAAAAGAUUUUUUAUUUACGCUGAAUGUAUCAUAAUUAGCUAAGUCCCUAAUGAUUUGUAUUAUUUUCAUAAAAGUAAUGAUUUGAUACUUUUCUCACCAGGCCAAAAAUUCCCAAAUAUACCUUAAACUGAAUACAUAAGCCAUUUAGGAAGACUAACUCUUUUCUAAAGCACAACUAACUUGAUGAUAUCUGCAGGUGAUCAAGGAUAGAAGAUAAGCAGACCUCUUAAUUUGACUGGUAUAGGAAAAGACACAAUUGAAGUUUACACAAACCCAAAUGGAAACAGCAUGUUAGAAAUAAGUGCAGAUGUAAAUUUACAGGAAGUUGAUAAAGAAUUCAAAAUAUUUUCGAAGGUUGUUCAGCUAAAUCCAAAAUAUAUUAUUAUCAAUUAAACUGAAUACACGAUUAUGAUUAGAUAAGAGAAUAUUAAUAAUGAAAUUAUAAUGAUAAAACCUGAAGAAAGAACUCCGUUAGUAUGGAGUGAUUUCUACAAGCAAAAGAAUUACAAUAUUAUGAUUUAAGAUGCAGAAAAAUAAAAGUCAUAUGGAUGGUCAGGAACUUUAAAUGUUGCACUCUCUUCUAUUAGCUUUGCAGUGAGAAAUCCUAAAAAUUUUUCAGGAGAUGUUAAAUUUUUAAAAGCUCAAAUUAAACAGUACAAACACUAUUUCUUCAUUUAAAUAAUGGAGCUAAAAAAAGAAAUAAAUCCCAGUUAUGUCAUUGAAAAUAGAAUGAAAGACACUAAUUUAGUUGUUUAUCAGGGUUGCUUCUUUAACUAGUAAUCUGAUUUUUACAAAGAAAAUAUGUACAAAAUUUAAAGUGGAGAAAGCAUUAAUUAUGCGCAAGACCUUCCAACAUAGAAAAAUGAUUUAAUCAUAGAAUUUUAGUUUAUAAAUGAAAGAGGAAAUAAUUAAUAUAUUAUGGAGCCACUUGUGUUGAAUUUGGAAUGUCCAGAGUUUGAUAACUUAUUUGUUGUGCCUAAUGCUGAUCCAAAUAAUACCAAAAUGGUCAAAUUCUUUAUCGAAAUAGGCUUCGAAGGAUCAGUAAAGAAAGUCAGAGUGCUCGAGGAAGAAGAAAAGAUUAAAAAAAUGCUUAGUGAAAAGAAAGCAGGAAUAGAAUGGCAAAUAAACGUGAAUCUGCCAGUUAUUAGCAUUUCUUUAAUUGGAUAAUUAGGAAAUGAAAUGAAAGAGCUGAUUUAUUUAAAUUUCUCAUAAGUAGAAUUAAUUAUAGUAGAGACUACCAAAUUAAGAACAAGUUAGUUAAAGAUAUAAAACAUUUAAUUUGAUAACAAUCUUACUUACAACACACAAUAUCCCGUCUUGUUAACUUCUACCAAGUAACAAUAAAAAUUCCCACAUAUAUCUCUUGUCAUGGACUAGGACAUAACAGUUCAGCAAAUAAAUAAAUUCUAAUCAAUUCGUCUAGCCAUACAACCAACUACUCUUAAGCUCACUGAUGAACUGCUCAAUUCUCUCCUUAAUUUCUUUGAAGAAUUCGCCCAGCCAAUUCUAAAUUAAGACUCAACAAAAUGCUACACUUCUUCAGAAUGCGAAAGUAUUUCUGAUCAAUCCUAUCAGCAAUCCUAGUUAUCUUUUUCUUGGCAUUCAAUUACCUUGCCACAUUAGUAAAAUUUAAUGUGUAUUUAACAAAUGGAAUUGUAUCCUUUAGAUUUGAAUCUUUCAUUUAAGAAGAUCAGAGAAACAACUCUUAAGGUUAAAAUGGAUAUUUUAUAGAAUGUAUUAAAAGCAGUGGGAGUUGUUUUUGCGAAUGUGGAAGGCGCUUAACUUAGAUUAAAGGGUAUAAAAUACGAAAAUAUUAUUGAAACUCAAGAUUCCAUUUAGUAGAGAUUACUGAUUCACUAUAAAGAUUCAUUCCUUAAGUAAACACUUUAAUUGCUUGGAUCAGUUAAUAUCAUAGGUAAUCCUGCUAGUUUAAUUAAGAAUAUUGGUACAGGUGUCAGUGAUUUGAUUGAAAUGCCUAUUGAUGGUUUUAUCAAAGGACCUUUAGAAGGUGGUGUAGGAGUAGUUAAAGGAGCUGGAUCUUUAAUCAAAAACACUGUUUCUGGUACAUUUGGAAGUGUUUAGGGUAUAACUGAUUCUAUUGGAUCCGGUUUUAGCUAGUUAUCAAUGGAUAAAGAGUUUAUUUAGUCACGAGACAAUAUCAAAAGAAAGAAAGCCAAGCAUGUAGGACAUGGAGUAAAGCUUGGUCUGCAGAGUUUGUUCACAGGUUUAGGUGAAGGUAUAACUGGGCUUGUAACUAAGCCUAUUGAAGGAGCAGAGAAAGGAGGAGCUGUUGGGUUGUUGAAAGGAUUUACAAAAGGUUUUGCUGGUUUGGUUUUUAAGCCUAUUACAGGAGUUAUUGAUGCUGCUUCAAAAACAGCUGAGGGAAUUAAAAACACUGCAACUUACUUUGAUGAAAAGCCUAACGAAAAUAGAGUGAGAUUGCCUCGUGUGUUCUAUUCUAGAGAGUAGUAUUACCAAGACUACUUACAUUAAGAUUCAGAAAUACUAAACCUUCUCUAAAAGUUUAAGAAAGGGAGAUUUGCUGAUAUUUAGUUAGUGGACACAGUUAUUCUGAACUAUAGAAACGAAUAAUAUGUAUUAAUUUUAAGUAUCCAACAAGUGCUUCUUUUGAAUAUCACUCAAAAGUAGCUCGUCUAUUUCUAUAAUCCUCAGGAUAUCUAUGUGGUUAAUGAGACUAACUUUGGAAUCUCUGUCUAUCUAAACUAAAGCACCCCAGAAAUACCUGAUAAAAAUGCAACUGUUGUGAUUGAAAAUGCUGGCGAGAAAAGCAGUAUAUACAAAAAGUUAACAAAAUUGCAGGACUAAUGCUAAUGA